AUGGAUCUACCUGACCAGAAGUUAUACAACCUUCCUGCCGACGCAGUUUGGUUUAUAACCGGCUGUUCGUCAGGGCUAGGCCAGUCUCUCGCUCAGCUAAUUAGCAAGCAUGCGACCCACCGCUUGGUUGCUACAGCCAGGCGACCCAGCGCCAUGUCAAUGAUUCCAGACGGCCCUAAUGUCCUCAAACUUGCCCUGGAUGUCACCUCCCAAGAUUCUGUCGACACCGCGACCGCCGCGGUGCUCGAUAAGUUUGGCCGUAUUGAUGUGCUCGUCAAUAAUGCGGGAUACUCUGUUAUGGGAGAUUCGGAGUCCACGACCGAUGAGCAAGCUAGACAGGUCGUUGAGACUGACUUCUGGGGUACGGUGAAGUUAACCCUUCAAGCAAUGCGGAUCAUGCGGGAGGAGAACCCCAAGACGGGUUCGUGCGGAGGGGUGGUCAUGAACAUCACGUCGGUUGGUGGAUUCAUCGGUCUUCCCGGCAGCGCCUUCUAUAGUGCGAGCAAGUUUGCUGUGGAGGGCUUCACGGAGUCUGUCUCUCAAGAAGUACGUCCGGAAUGGAACAUUCACUUCUGCCUAAUCGAGCCUGGAGGCAUCGCGACCAGGUUUACGGGCUCAAUGGUUCGAACAGCAUCUCACCCUGCCUAUGCGGCUGCAGACUCGCCUGCCCGGGUCCUCGAAACAUACAUCUUAAACGAGGAUAAUCAAAAGACAUGGUCUUCGCCAGAAUCGGUUUCUGCAGGCAUGUAUGAAGUUGUGAGCCGCGGUCAAAGAAUUCCUCUCAGAGUCCCGCUCGGCCCAGACGCUUGGGGCUUGGUUAAGGAAGAGAUCAAGCAUAUCGAUCAAGACCUUGAUGAAUUGAAGGAUUUGAGCUGUCGGGUCGGCAGUGCACAGCAGUUUGAGUCUAUCCAGUUCCUUAGGAAGGCGAAUUAA